UCCUCUCUGGAUGAUGCUACAGACGACUGGGGGAUCAAGGUGGAGCGUGUGGAGAUUAAAGAUGUCAAGCUGCCCCUUCAGCUCCAGAGAGCCAUGGCUGCCGAGGCCGAGGCCAGCCGUGAGGCCAGAGCCAAGGUGAUUGCAGCAGAGGGAGAGAUGAACGCAUCGCGGGCGCUGAAGGAGGCCUCCCUGGUGAUCGCCGAGUCUCCCUCUGCCCUGCAGCUGCGUUACCUUCAGACCCUCAACACCAUCGCCGCAGAGAAGAACUCCACCAUCAUUUUCCCGCUGCCGCUGGAGAUGAUGCAGGCCUUCAUGAAAUAAUGAGGAGUCUCAGAACACAUGGUUCACAUGUACAUCACUCACACACACACACACACACACACACACACACACACACACUAAGGCCUCUGUCUUUGUUUGUACCAUCAGUGCUAAAUUGUGCUUGUGGCUAAUGAUGCACCGAGCUGUACUUAAAGUACAGUUUUUGUGAGUCCCCAGCUUUUAUUGCCUCGCGUUUGUUGCAUUUGGAAACAUCUUAACUGCAACUGUGUGAGAGGAAAUAACCUGCAGUUUUUUAUUUCUGUUUUUGGUUCUGCUAACUGUAGAAAUCAGGCGAGCUUCUCUGGCUGUAACUUCUUAUCAGCUGUUUUACAAAUAAUUUAAAGGAAAGUGCCUGCUGGAUAUGUGGCCUUACACACACACACACACACACACACACACAGACACACCUGUACAUCUAGUACCUUCUGAUAUUGUGGCAAAACUGAAUUCACUGCCAUUAUAUUAAAAUGCUCUGAUCAUUUUAUUUGUAAGUAUACUUAUAAAAUAAUACUUACAUUAAUUUUUAAUUUGUAAAAUCCAUCUGCCAUUGAAUGUUUUUGCUCAAUUUUAGUACAAAUCUCAUUCCAAUAUCAGCAUUAAACUGAAAUUGUUUGUUACUGUACAGCAGUGGUAUUCACAUGACAGCCUGGGAUAGGGUGUCGGGUGGCCAGCCAAACAUGAAAAUACAUUUAUUUGAUUUUCAUAGAUAUUUAUUUCGAACAUACACCACCCAAAAAAAAAAAAAAAAAAAAAACAGAAAAAGAUCAAAAUUAAACAAAAUGGCAGUAACAGAAAUGGAUGAUAAUUUAUACACAAGCAACAAGGAGUUAAAUCUUACAUGUUUGAAAAAGAGUAUGAGGAAGUAUUAACAUAUUAUUUCCUACCCUUUCUCAGCUAUUCAAGAAUUAAUUAAUUUGGGAACUUCAUCUUUAACACAUGUACAUACACUUACAUAUUUACACACACACACACACUAACAGACACACAAACAUACACACACACACACACACACACACACACACACACACAAACUGAAUCACACUGGGAAUUGUUAUUUACUUCAAAUGUAAAUAGGGUGCCAUAUUACAUAAAGAGCAUCAUAAUAUAGCUAGUUUAUCCAAAAAAAAGUGGCAGAGGUCCCCCAAAGUCCUCAAAUCUUAGGAACACCCCUAAUAUCAGCAGACAUCGAAAGGUUAAAACCAGGCAAUUCAUUUAUCGUAAAUACUGAAAACCGGGUUCCCACGGUCAUAGAAAACCUUGAAAAGUCAAGGAAUUAGUAAAAAUUACUGAAAGUUUUAGAAAAGUCAUAGAAAUUUUUUGUGUGUUUAAAAAAAAAAAAAUUAAAAAAUUAAUCCAUGGAUAACCUGCCGCAGAAUGUUAUAUAACUGCAAAUUAGUUUUCUGGAGCUGUUGACGUAACGUGGCUCUAAUAUGUCAUUUUGACAUUUCGUCAUUGUUGUCAUUGUCUCCCUUCAUUCUCCACUAACUGAAUUAAAUUUUUAAUUGUUUUAAUCUGAUAUGUUUGGAAAAAAAGCCAGACAAGUGGGAGAAAAAUGCCAUAAUGCAUUCUUGAAAAUUCGUGAAAAAGUUCUGAAAUUUUGUUCAUGAAAAUGCAUGGGAACCCUGUAAAAAUAGUAUUAAUGUGUGUUUAUUAACUGGUCCAGAGCGGAGUGUCCCUGCUGUACAGCACACUGUCCGCUCUACUACCUGCUCUACUCGACGCUUUGAUCAAGAGAGUGAGAGAAGGAAAAGUUGGCUUGCUGUUAUAAAGAUCCUCUUUGUCUUUUUAGAGGCACAAGAUGGAUCCAUGCAAAAGCUGCAGUUUGCUGUAUCACAGUACUAACCAGCACGAGAGGUAGGCACUGACCUUAAAAUAACCCCGUCAGAGAGUAGGAAUCAGCCAGACAUGCAGGUAAAAACACACACUUUCCACUCUGUUUAACACAAACAUGUUUUCUUAAGUUGCUAAAACUUUUCCUCAGAUAACAUCAAACCUUAUAUAUGUACCUUGUGUAUGUUUACAGAAUACUCUCUAUUCGUAUACAGUAUUUUUUAAUUAAAAAGGAGGACAAAAUAUAAUAUAAAUCUCAGAUUACCAUAUAGUUGACUAUCGCUGAAGUGAACGUUAUCAGCUGAACACGUGGCUGUUGUUCCGGUUAUCACUGCUUAGGAGAAGCGGAGACUGUUAGAAAGAAAUUUAUAGCAAACCUUUCAGCCAAAAGCCUUAACGCACUGCCACUGAUUAAUUCAUUUUAACCUCAUGUUUCUAUGCACUUAAAAUACAACAACUGAAGGAUUUAAGUUAUCUAUUUUUUUAAGCCACAAUAUUUUAUCACAUGUACGCUUUCUAGUGUAAACACGCCAAAUAGUUAAACAUGUCUUUAAAGCGAUAUGUAUUUUUUCCUUCUUUUGACAUAUAAGGAACAGAAGUGUAUACAGUAUCUGAAGUGGUGCAUGUCCAAGUUAGUGGUGUUACCAUAUACUAUAUGUGUACAUUAUAAUUGUGGUCUUGUGGAGUUUGUUAUAUUUUUGCUUUGAUUAGACGGGAUUUCAAGUUUGUUACAACUGAACCCAAAGUUCACCGCAG